AUGGCACCAACAAAAGGAAGACCAAACACACGUGCUGAAGCACGAGUUGCUCGCUCUAAUAUUAAGAAAAAGGAGGCCCAGCUACAUGCUGCCGUUCAAUGGUGCAGAGAAAAUAAUGCAAGGGGUCAUGCUGCCCUGAAGACAGGGCUUUUCAAUUUGAUAAAGAGCAGAAGCACAUCACUUGAUGGCAAAAUUGUAACUGGCUGUGAGAAGCAGUAUUGCUGUAUACUCACACACUUGGAAGAAGAGUCCGUUGUCAGAUUUGUCAAGAAUAAGAACCGUUGUCUGCAAGGAAUCAACAAGAAACAAUUGACAAACUUGAUUCUAGACAUUCUCAAGAUUUGA